GGGAGGGGGGGAAGAGGAGAAAACAUCCCAAGGAAAAUGCCGCAGCUGAACAGCGGCGGAGAGGAUGAUCUGGGGGCGAACGAUGAAAUGAUCUCUUUUAAAGACGAAGGGGAGCAGGAGGAGAAAAUCUCCGAGAACGCUCUCACCGAGAGGGACUUGGCAGACGUGAAGUCAUCGCUAGUCAACGAGUCGGAGACUAACCAGAACGUGAAUCCUGCAUCCGAUCCAGAGGCGAUCAUACGUUCUUCGGACAGUCAAAGAAUUUACCAAGAUAAAUCCAAAGAACACAUCAAUGACGUUACAAAGCAGCGUCAAGAUGGAGGUAUGUUCAAAGGGACAGCCUACUCGGGGUAUCCCCACUUUCUGAUGCUCCAGGAUCCCUACCUGGCCAACGGAUCCGUCUCUCCCUCUUCUAAUAAGGUUCCUGUGGUGCAGCCAUCCCAUGCAGUCCAUCCCCUCACGCCCCUCAUCUCCUACAGCAAUGAGCACUUUGCCCCCAACUCCCACUCGCCGCACCUGUCAACCGAAAUCAACCAGAAAACAGGUCUGCAUAGAUCUCCUCAGGGUCCAGAUCUGGCUGCUUUCUACUCUAUGUCUCCUGGAAGUGUAGGACAGAUCACGCCUACAAUGGGCUGGCAAGGUCAAUCUGUCUAUCCAAUUACAUCAUGUGGAUUUAGACAACCUUACUCCUCAGCGCUUCCAGCCAGUACUUCCAUAUCCAGGUUUCCCCAUCCCUUGGUGUUGGGCCCGCCAGGCAUGCACUCGACAGGAAUCCCCCAUCCUGCUAUUGUGAGCACUUCCAGCAAACCGGACAUGAAUCAGUACGACAAUGGCCUCAGAUGUGUGAAACCUAAUCCUGAACCAAAAAGGGAAAAAGAGAGUAAAAAGCCAACCAUCAAAAAGCCCCUCAAUGCAUUUAUGCUCUACAUGAAAGAAAUGAGGGCAAAGGUCGUAGCCGAGUGUACUCUGAAAGAGAGCGCUGCCAUCAAUCAAAUUUUGGGUAGAAGAUGGCAUGCUCUCUCCCGUGAAGAACAGGCAAAAUACUAUGAACUGGCAAGGAAAGAGAGACAACUACACAUGCAGCUUUACCCAGGCUGGUCUGCCAGGGAUAACUAUGGUAAAAAGAAAAGGAGGAAAAGAGACAAGCAGCAAGAUUCUGAUCCAGAUCCAAGCUCUCCUAAGAAAUGCCGGGCACGCUUUGGCCUUGACCAACGGACAGACUGGUGUGGCCCUUGCAGGAAGAAAAAGAAAUGCAUUCGGUACAUGCAAGGAGAAGCCAGGUGCACCAGCCCAGUUUCUUCAGAUGGAAGUGUGAUGGACAGUCCUUCCUCUUCUCCCAGUGCACUCCAGCGUUCAGAAGAAACUUCCGCCAAGCUUGUUAAUUCUACAGACUUAGCACAACAGACGCAGCCAAACCCAGCCCCUUACUCUGAUCAACCCCAGCCUACCACAGAUCUCACGGGACUCUCUAUACCCUCUACGUCGGAUUCUCCACAAUAUUGUAGUACUUUAAUGAACAUCCCUAAUCAGCACACGAUGCCAAGAUAAUGGCCAACUUGUACUGCAAUCACUGAUUAACAAGUAAUACCCUAAUGCAUAAAAAUGGAGACUCCAUAAUGUCUUUGGCCAGGCCCAACCAGUCUAGUGCACAUUCAAAGAACAAGUACUUCUAACUUGUUAUUGAAGUUCGGCAUGCUCUCAGGACACAAAACAAAAUCUGAUUCGACUCUUUCAAGACUUUCCAGUGUUUAGCAUUGAAUGACUGGUUGUCAUUUCAAGUGUUCCCAGUAGUGUUUGUUUUGAUUACACAUACAUGGUGGAAUUCAAUAAUUCAAAUAUACAGUCGGUUUUCUUGUGAUCAUCCAUCUGUAUAUAUCUGAGUUUGCCAAUAUGUCAGUGUAUGUUCCUCAUUCACAUAAUUAUAAUUUGCAAUGAGUUGUUUCUUCCUCAACUUUAAGUAAUGGAGGCUGUUCUGAAUUGGAAUUUAUAAGUUUAUUCUGAUUUUGGAUAUUUUACAAACAAAAUAUCUAAAAUCAGAAAUAUGAUUACAACAUACUGGGUUACAAACACAAGCUGGUUGUUGGUAGGAUAGAAGAGUUUAACUACAUAUCAUUAUGUGAAUGCAAUGAUUGAUAAAUUGUAAUGUUUAACUUGAUUUGGGAACAUUUUCUCUUUAAAAGAAGGGCCUUUGAUAACCUUUAUGAAAGAAUGAACAUUGAAGAUGACACCUCCAGAUUCUUAAGUUAGUUAGCUUUUUACCACAUACACCAACUGUCCUCAGCACAUGCUUGUGAUAUGCCUGUUUCUUUGAGAAAAUAUCACUUUUGAUCAAGGCAACAGAUAACAACAUGCUCUAGGUAUUACAGUGGAAGAGACUCUAUCUCAUUUUUUCUCCUCCAUCUUGGUAAGGCAGGGUUAGAGGUAUACAAAUGCAAAUUUACACAUUGAUACUAACUGAUUUAUUUAAUAUUCAUUGCAUUUUAAUGUGCGGUGUUGAAAAGUUGAUGCAGUGUUUGGAUCUACAUUCUAACAUUAGUGUUCGAAGUGCAAUUGAGUCACAUAGGGGACAGAUAACAAUUAACAGCUUUUCAAGCACAACACUGCCAUAGCGAAAUGCCUGCCUUUCAAACUGGAAGCAAUUGGAAUUGCUUUAUUAUAGUUAUGUGGCAAACAUGAAAAAACCAUAAGAAUGGAGGUAGGAUCUUGGAAUAAGAGGGAGAAUAGGAAGAAGAAUCACAAUCACAAUCACAAUUUCAGAUAAGCCUGUUGCAUGUCCCUGAUAAAUAAUUCAGGCUCAAUUCUUGGAAGAACACCCCCAUAUUCCACCAUUCUGCAGUAGGUGAAGUUCACACAUUCAGGCAUACAAAGUACAGUAUGUCUUAUUUUCAAGUGCAAAUAUUUUAAAAAGUAGCAUAAUCAUUUGCAGUCCAUGCUUGUUUGCAUAGUAUUCAAAGCAGCCCAGUGUUUGUUCUCUCUCACAUCUCUCUCCUCCAAACACAUUUACUACCAGUUCACUUUAGGCUGAAAUGAUCAGGAGAUUAUUUUAUCAGCAGUGGGAACCGUUGUAACUCUCUUGGGGGGGGGGGGGCAGGGGGCAACUAAUUUGCACAUUUGUGACUAACAAGUCCAGAAGAAUCUCUUACUUAGAAAAUCUCCCUGAUGUCACCAGCCAUAAGAUCCACACCAGUUCUGGUCACAGGGCCAAGAAUAAAUCAAAUUAAAUGUCACCGACUUCAAACAAGACUGCGUGAUGAAGUUCUAAUGGAACUAAUAGUGUGGACAGAGGCCUAUAUCAUUAUCGUCGCAUUACUAUCGGGAUGUGAAGUCAACAGAAACCAAUGAGUUGAGUAACUCCCCUCUCAGAGCCAUGAGAUCCCAUAAGGACUGAAUCUGGGGAAGUCUCCUUCUGUUAGUGAAACUCCAGAUUUGACAGGUUCAGAAUUUAGUAUCAAACUGAGUUUAAAUCAGAAAGCCAUAAGAUAGACUACUCCAAAUUUUGGAAGUGUCCGCUACCUCACAAGGAUUGCGUCUUGAAGUAGGGCAAAGACAUAUCAUUGGAUGGAUAAAGCUUCAUCCUGUGGCCUCUAUCUGACACAAGGUGUGGACAGUAUAGUAAAAAGUUUCACUUUUCAGUAUUGAUCUCCUGUACCUAGAGAGUAUAAAAACAAAGUAAUGACUUAAUUCCUCACUCACGGUGGAACAUAUAAUCAAAUGAAGUACUAUCUGUGGCAGCUGCUAGAUCUCAUUUAAUGUAGCAGGUUUUAUGCAAGAGCUACAGAUUUGGAUCCAAACCCAACGUUUGUGCAUCUCCUUCCUCCUCUCCUUCCAUAUGUUGGCAUUUCUAUGUCACUAGUUUGAAGAGAAAAAUGAAUCAAUAAAUAUAUUUUUUGUCUGAGGUAUAGCAGCUGAAAACAUUUAUUUUAAAUGGUAAUAUUUGCUUUCUAUGUGUAUUGCAUUGGUUGAUGGGUCUUUUCAUUGCUAUUGUAAGUCUGCUAUCAGGCAGUAACAAAAUUAGCAUUUAUACUGUCAAACAGAUAAAUGAGGUCAAUAUUUGACUUGGAUGUUACCUUUAUGAACCCCUGAAAUGAUCAAUCAUUUAGUUUUGUGGUUAUUACUUAAUUUUCUUGCCUAUUUGUAUAAAAAAAUUGAGAGCAAAAAAAAACAAAAAAAAUAUAAAUAUAAGACUUGAUGCUUCUGCUUUUCUGUGUGUGUAUUUCAGGCUGAUGUAAUAUUUUUAUGAGUUAUAUUUUUAGGGAAUUAAAAUGAAAAGUAGAAAUAGACAGGGUUUUAUAAUAGCUAUAUUAUUUAGUAUUUUCCACUAAGUUUCAUCUUCCAUGACAAGAAAUCAAAAAAGGUCAGCUGUUUCUUCUUCCUUCACACAAGACAUGUUUGCAUUUUUGUAAAAAAAAAACAGCUUUCAAAGAUACUGCUGUCUCAUACCCUUCAACAAUUACAGUCCCAGCAAAGAGCCAUUAACAUAUAGGCAACACACAUGUUGAUAGAAAACCAAAAAUUUUAAGUAAGUGGAAGGGAUCAAAUUAUUAAAAACUUGUACUAUUUGUUGAAGUAAAAUAAAA